AACACGGUCACUGGAUGAUCGCUUUUGUGCACCAAAAAGUCAAGAACGAGUAACAUGGACGAACCAAAACUCCAGGAACCUAUGCUUAUACAACACCAAACAGAACUAGUAAUUAUGAGCCAAUGAAGAUGCUGCAUACUGAGUGUUGACUGACCACUCAUAGUCCAACAAAAUCAAGAAACGGCAUGGUGACGCGCACCAUGAACUUGCUACCUUCCCUCCUCUCCGCCCUGGUGAUCGCCGCAGCGAGCGCCGCCGUCAUCAACGACGACGAAGCAGCGCUGCUCGCCUUCAGGGCAGGGCUCAGCGACCACAGCUCCAGCACGCUCGCCUCCUGGAACGGCAGCACCGGCGUCUGCGCAUGGGAGGGCGUGGCGUGCAACGGCCGGAGGUCGCCGCGGGUGGUGGCGCUGAGCCUGCCUUUCAACGGGAUAGCCGGCACGAUCUCUCCAGCCAUCGGAAACCUCACGUACCUGCAGACGCUGAACCUGAGCUCCAACAGAUUCUCCGGCGAGAUAACUCCAAGCUUCGGCCGCCUCAUACGCCUGCAGACCCUCGACGUGGGGAACAACUCCCUCUCCGGUAUGCUCCCAGCCAACCUGAGUUACUGCACCAGCCUGACAACGCUCAUCCUCCACUACAACCGGCUCAGCGGCCGAAUCCCGGCCUACAUCGGCGACGCCCUGCCGCGUCUUCUGGGGCUGUCACUGAUGAACAACACGUUCACGGGGCCAAUCCCAGAAUCCCUGGGCAACCUUUCAUCGCUACAGGCGAUGUCCCUCAAGGAGAACUGGCUGCAGGGAUGGAUACCCGACACCCUCGGCAACCUCAACAGCCUGCAGUUCCUUAAUCUCGAGGAUAACGGACUCUCAGGAGUGAUCCCGCCGUCUCUGUACAAUCUGUCAUCACUGACUACUUUCGCGGUUGGUGGGAACAACCUGCAUGGCCACAUUCCUGUGGAUAUCGGCGAGAGAUUUCCCAGAAUGGAAGUUUUAAGCUUGGGUGCUAACAAGUUCAGCGGAGCCAUCCCUUCUUCCAUCACCAAUCUUACUGCACUCACAAAGCUAUACCUAUCACAGAACAGAUUUAGUGGAUUUGUGCCUCCUAGUAUGGGGAAGUUGCAGUCUCUGAACGUUCUUUUCCUACAUGAUACUGAGGUAGAGUCAAACGACAAGGAGGGUUGGGAGUUCAUCACUUCGAUGGCAAACUGCAGUCAGCUCGAAUUACUGCUUAUCGGUAAUAACUCUUUCACAGGGCAGCUGCCAAGUUCAGUAGCGAAUCUCUCCACAAAUCUUGAAUCCCUUUACUUAGGUCACAAUAACAUCAGUGGAAGUAUCCCCAGGGACAUUGGUAAUCUUGUCAGCCUCAGCAUACUAGAGAUAGAGCACACAUUCAUGUCCGGAGUUAUUCCAGAUAGCAUUGGAAGGCUAGUGAACUUGGUUCAGUUGGGUUUGGACAACAAUAGGUUAUCUGGCCUCAUACCUCCAUCCAUAGGAAACCUCACACAGCUUGAAUGGCUACUUGCAUCCAGAAAUAAUUUAGAAGGGCCAAUUCCAACAAGCCUUGGAAAACUAAAAAACCUUGAUAUUCUUGAUCUGUCUGAGAAUUACAACCUGAACGGGUCGAUCCCCAGGGAGAUUCUGGGAUUGACCUUCCUUUCCUCAUACAUGGACUUAUCAUACAACUGGCUAUCUGGACCUCUUCCAACAGAAGUUGGUGGAUUGAACAACCUCAACAAACUUGUUCUGUCAGCAAACCAGUUGUCUGGCGAGAUACCUGAUAGUAUCGGAAACUGCAUAGUCUUGGAAUUCUUGCUGCUUGAUAGGAACUCAUUUGAAGGAAGUAUGCCUCAUUCUCUGAAGAAUGUAAAAGGACUCCGCAUACUGAACUUGACCAUGAACAAGUUGUCUGGUGCAAUCCCUGAUACUGUUGGUAGCUUAAGCGGACUAGAACAAUUGUAUCUAGCACACAACUCCUUCUCAGGAGAAAUCCCGGCAGUAAUACAAAACUUGACAUUGUUGUCAAAAAUGGAUGUCUCCUUCAAUAAUUUGCAAGGUGAAGUACCAAAAGGAGGCGUUUUCAGAAAUCUAACUUAUCAAUCAAUAGUUGGAAAUGGCGAUUUAUGUGGUGGGAUACCUCAGCUUCACUUGGUUCCAUGUCCCAUGGACCAAAAGGGCAAUAAAAAGAUGCAGUGGUCAAAGUCACUUAAAGUAGCUCUUACAACAACAGGAGCCAUAUUUUUGCUUGUUUCAGUAAUUGUCCUUAUUCAGUUGAUAUGUAAGAAGAUCAAAAAAAGACAGAAAGCCCAAGUACCACCUGCAGUAAUUGAAGAAACAUAUCAGAAAGUCUCUUACUAUGAAUUAUCACGAGGAACUAAUGGCUUCUCAGAAGAAAACUUACUUGGGAAAGGAAGGUAUGGUGUGGUCUAUAAAUGCACUUUCAAUGAUGAGCAUGCAAAUAUAACCAUGGCUGUGAAGGUGUUUAACCUUCAACAAUCAGGAUCUUCUAGGAGUUUUGAGGCUGAAUGCGAGGCAUUGAGCAGUGCACGUCAUCGAUGCCUUGUAAAGAUUAUCACAUGUUGUUCGAGCAUCAACACACAAGGGCAAGAGUUCAAGGCACUGGUUUUUGAGUUCAUGCCUAAUGGUAGCUUGGAUGAUUGGCUUCAUCCAAAAUCAGAAAACUGUAUGUCAAGCAAUAUGCUCAGCCUAGCUCAGAGGCUGGAUAUUGCUGUGGAUAUUAUGGAUGCAAUUGACUAUCUUCACAACCAUUGUGAUCCGCAAAUCAUACAUUGUGAUCUCAAGCCAAGCAACAUUCUUCUUGCGGAGGACAUGAGCGCUCGUGUUGGUGAUUUUGGCAUAUCAAAAGUACUUUCUGAGAAUACAAUCUGUGCUCUGCAAAAUUCAAGUAGCACAAUUGGAAUACGAGGCUCCAUUGGUUAUGUUGCUCCAGAGUACGGGGAAGGCUCCGCGGUCUCAGCUACUGGUGAUAUGUAUAGUCUCGGCAUAUUAUUGCUUGAGAUGUUUACUGGACUUAGCCCCACAGAUGAUAUGUUCAGAGACUCAUUGGAUCUACAUAAGUUUGCUGAGGAAUCCCUUAGAGAAAGAACCUUGGAUAUAGCUGAUCCGAAAAUCUGGCUUCAUGUACAGUCAAAGGACACCAUUACAAUGAGUAGAAUCAAAGAUUGCCUGGCAUCUGUCUUCAGGCUUGCCAUAUCCUGUUCAAAGCAACAUCCCAGGGACCGAAUGACGACGAGCGAUGCAGCAGUAGAGAUGCACACAAUCAGAGAUUCAUACAUCAAGUGUUCCAGCGCGCUUGAGAUCAAAGACACCACUUUAACUCAUUUGUGAAAGCAAUGAUCACAGGUGAAUGUAGGACACGGUAUGUUAUAGAUGUAUGCAGGUACCUGAAAUAAUUACAGCUAUAUAAGUUGUCUGAAUUAGCACUUUAUGUCUCAAAUGGGUGUUUUCUUUGCACAAGAGCAAAGAAAAAAAAAAGA